AUGUAUCUACCGCGCUCCCUCAUAUCGAAACUCUACCUCCACCUCCAGAAUACCCGACACCCUCUCUCGCCUCCUGUCCUCAUUCUUGUCGCCCUCGAGCCCGACGCACUCUGUGCCUGCCGUAUUCUUACUCGACUGCUGAAGCACGACUAUAUCCCCCACAAGAUCCAACCCAUCUCCGGCUAUGCUGACCUUGAACGGGCCGGCAGGGACCUGGUCCUGCCCAUGAUGGAGUCCAAUGGCGGCAGCGGCGGUGUCGUUGUCAGUCUCGGCGUGGGCGGCAUGGUUGAUUUGGGUUCUCUGCUUGGCCUGGAACCCGAGGGCGACGAAGCGACCUUCUCCGGCGUCGAGGUCUGGGUCAUCGACUCGCACCGGCCGUGGAACCUGGGCAACGUCUUCGGCGGCUUUCCCUUGGAAGCGACUGACGACGACACAGUCCCGCUGUCAACGAGGUGUCCCAAUGGUGUCAAGGCAGGCCGCAUCGACCGGACAUAUACCCCUGGCAAGGGCGGUAUCGUGGUCCUCGACGAUGGAGAUAUCGAAGACAGCCUGGCAACGGAGCGAGAUGCCUACAUCGCCCUCCUUGACAUGCCAGACGUGGAAGAUGACGGGGAGGAAUUGGGUGAGAGUGAUGAUGGAGAAGACGAAGACCUAUUUUCUGAAGAGUCUGCUCGCACAGGGCAAAAGAGAAAAAGCUGGUCAGAUCGAGAGGAGGAAAUGUCGAGUGACGAGGACGACCGCCCAGCUCAACGGAGGCGAAGUAAUUCUUCUACAUCCAUACCAUCGCCCUCAAGACCCCCCCAAAGAGGACUCCUGUCCAUCAGAGACCAGGAUAGCGUCAUGCCGAGCGACCCCCCUUCAGCGGCACAGGCCCCCUCUGCAAGGGCACUCCGUCGAAGGCUCCUCAGACUGCGGAGGGAGAACGAGCGCGUCCUGCGGAAAUACUACAAAAUCGGUGCCUCGUUCUCUGAGCCAAUAUCUUCCAUGAUGUACUCGCUCGCCUCGGAGCUGGGCCGCGAAGAUAACGACCUUCUUUGGCUCAGUAUUGUUGGCGUCACAUCAAUGGAGCUAUACGGCCGAUCAUCGGCAGGCAUCGCCGUGCCCGUUCGCAGCUCGGACCGUGGCCAGGGUACCGGCUGGAUGGGUGUUCGCGGCGCCCGCAUCCGCCAGCUACUGCGUGACGAAGUGCGUCGACUCAACCCACCAGAAGUGGGCAGUCGCAAUGCCGUGGAAAAUACGGGGGUCAUUCCGACCACGGCGCGAAGCCCAGAGGACAUGUCCAUCAGGUUAUCACCGGAGCCCAAGUUCCUCCUCAUUCGGCACUGGAGCCUCUACGACAGCAUGCUGCACUCUCCCUAUCUGUUCUCUCGUCUCAAGACAUGGAGCGAUACGGGCAUGAAGAGGCUGCACAAGCUACUUGCCAAGAUGGGCGUCAGCUUGGUCCAGUGUAAGCAGAGCUAUGCGCACAUGGACAUGAUGCUCAAGCGGGAACUUCGCACCAAGCUGCUCAAAUACGCCUCAUUAUACAAUCUGGACGACAUGGUCCCGUCGGUGGAUACGGAUGGUAAAGAUCGCGCAGGUGCCAAGGACGGCUGGGGUUUCGUCAGGAGUUGGGGCUGGCGAGCCACGCUGAGUGCGCAGGAUGUCGGUGUCGUCAUUGGUGCCAUUCUCGAGGUUGGGAAGCAGGGAGAGGAAGCGGCCAAGCCUGCCAUUGAGCCGAUGCAAGACGCCGAUGUGGACGACACCGAGGCACAAGGCGAUGAGUGGAUCGCGCGGUUCUGGUCCGCCUACGAUGCCCUCGAAAACAUCGACGCACUCAAGGCCGGCCUCCCUACAGCUCAGCUGCUCCACCGCGCCAUCUACCGCACCGGCACCUCCAUAAUCAACAAGAAGCAGAUCAAGCACCUGCGCGCCUUCCGCAUGUGCGUCGUCAAAGAUGGCCCCGACGUGCCCCUAUUCACACACCCCGCUGCCCUCACCAAGCUCGCCCUCUGGGUUGGCGAGGCGCUCGUCGAGCAGGAAAAGGACACGACGGGCCGCCUCUCGCACGGUGGCCGAGGCACACCCCUUGUCGUGGCGUCCCUCAACGAGAAGCGCGGUGUCUACGUCGUCGUCGGCACUGGUGGUGGCGGCGGGCCAGACACGACCUUCCUUGAUCGCGAGGCCGCGAAGAAGCGCCAGGCGGCGAAAGACGAGAAGGCAAAAAAGAGGGAAGAGUCGCGGGCGGCCAAGGCUAAGAUCAAGGAGGAGAAGCGUGCGGCACGGCAGGCAGAAGGAGACGAGGAUGAGCUGGACGACGAGCUCGACACGGAGUCUGAGGCGUCCGACUCUGAGUCGGACGAAGAGGACAUUGACGAAGACAAGGUCCAGGAACGGGGCUACGGUCUGAACAAGUUCGGGUCGGCGUUUCAGGAAGUCGUGGCGGAGACGAGCGCCCGGGUGCGCAUUGACAGUUUCGAGCACUGCGUUGUCGAGGUGCGCAAGGAGGAUCUCGGUGGAUUUUUGGAGAGCCUCAGCAUGAAGGCCGUUGUUGGUUGA